AUGCGAACACAAGCUCGUCGAAAAAAUCUCCUCGUUCUAAUUUUGCAUUAUUUAAUGGAGGAAGGGUAUGUCGAUGCUGCAAAUGCCUUGGAACAAGAGACAAAAUUAAGUUUACGUGGCUUUGAAGUUUGUGACAACAUUGAUCUUGAGACAAUUUUGAUGGAAUAUGAAAGCUAUUACUUUGUAAAAUUUCAGAAGUAUCCUAAAAUUACCAAAAAAGUCCUGGACACUGCAGAAAAACAACAGCUGAGCACUGGAGGAAGACCAAGAAGGGCAACAAGCUCAUCUCAGAAUCUCCCAAGGCUCAAACAUCAGACUGUGCGAAGACCAUUGUCAAAAACGUCACCUGGGAGUACAACAGAAUUUAAAUCAUCCACCAAGGAGAGCACCACACAGAGUAAUGACAGUGCAGUUACUAUGGAGCAAUCUGACUUUGGCUUCAGCAUCUCAGCAAUAGACAAAACUGGAGGAGACAGCACUCGCCCAAGAAGGGGCCAAGUAAUUAACUUCCAUGGGAUGAUUCAGGAUGCUGUCAAAGUAUCAUCAAAUGAAAUAGCCUUGAACAGCCUUAAUUGUGAUCCAGAUCCUUCAGAACGAUUAUUGAAACCCCUUAGUGCUUUUAUUGGCAUGACUGGUGAGAUGAGAGAGCUUGCAACGGUUGUAAGCAAAGACAUUUAUCUCCAUAAUCCAAACGUGAAGUGGGAUGAUAUCAUUGGACUGGAUGCAGCUAAAAGGCUAGUCAAGGAAGCAGUUGUUUAUCCCAUAAGGUACCCCCAGCUGUUUACAGGCAUUCUGUCUCCUUGGAAAGGAUUAUUGCUGUAUGGACCACCAGGAGUUUGGAAUGUAUUAUUUGAGCUUGCCCGGUAUCAUGCUCCUUCCACAAUUUUCUUGGAUGAGCUGGAGUCAGUUAUGAGUCAAAGAGGCACUAUUUCUGGUGGCGAACAUGAAGGAAGUCGGCGGAUGAAAACAGAAUUACUGGUGCAGAUGGAUGGCUUGGCCCGAUCUGAUGAUCUUGUAUUUGUUUUAGCAGCUUCCAAUCUGCAAUGGGAGUUAGACUCUGCCAUGCUGCGCCGGUUGGAGAAGAGGAUUUUGGUUGACCUCCCAAGUAAAGAGGCACGGCGAGUGAUGAUCCAGCACUGGCUGCCCCCUCGGAGCAACAGUGGAGGAGUGGAGCUGAGAACGGAUCUGGACUACAGCUUGCUGGGCCAGGAAACAGAUGGGUACUCCGGCUCAGACAUAAAACUCGUGUGCAAGGAAGCAGCCAUGCGACCAGUGAGGAAAAUUUUCGAUGCUCUUGAAAAUCACCAGCCAGGUAACAGUAACUUCCCCGUGAUCCAAUUAGACACGAUCACAACUGCAGAUUUCCUGGAUGUGAUCGCCCACACCAAACCAUCAGCAAAGAAUCUAAGCCAGAAGUACACAGCUUGGCAGAGAGAAUUUGAGUCAGUUUAA